GGACGAUCAUCUGAAUCCCACUGGCCCAGCUCCUCUCAGCUUCUCAACUUCCUCCCGCCUCAGCCUCCCCCAUUUUAGCCAUUCUCACCAUUUUUCAUCUUCCAUAUUUGUCGCACAAGAAUCCUUGGUAUUCGAGUAUCGCUCGGGCCCCCACGACUGUGUUAACAACGAGCUCCGAUUCCGCCGGGAGACCACGGUUGAGACCGACCACCCCUCCCCGCCAUGGAUGAACACGACGACUUCGAUAGCGUCUCCUGGAGGAAUGACCCAGAGAGUGAUGCUUCUCGACCGACCACCUCGGGCACAGAUGCUGAGGAGGCCCAUAAAUAUGAUCACGAUACCAAUGGCAAGCGGAGGAUGAGCUCCGCGCAUGAGGAACCUCAGGCCGGCCCGUUAGCCGAUGCUGUAGACUUGGCUGGUAUCGGUGACGGUGUUCUAGAAUGCCGUGUCGAUUCACCCCUCAAGGAGAAUGACGGCACAAAAGACGCAUAUAUCUCCUACCUGGUUACCACGAAUACCGACUUCAAAUCGUUCCAGAAACCCGAAUUCAGCGUGCGACGACGAUUCACCGACUUCUAUUUCCUGUACAAGACGCUCUACCGCGAAUACCCAGCAUGCGCGGUACCGCCCCUUCCCGAAAAGCACAAGAUGGAGUACGUACGAGGAGACCGAUUCGGACCAGAGUUUACCACCCGGCGAUCAUGGUCGCUGCAUCGGUUUUUGAAGCGGCUGACGCUUCAUCCGGUUCUCCGCCGUGCACCGCUCCUGAUCAUCUUCUUGGAAUCGCCGGACUGGAAUGCACAUGUGCGGUUACACUCGAAUCGAGGAGCGACAACUACCUCAUCUGAGAAUGCGGGAACUGGAAUCUUUGAUAAUUUCACAGAUACCUUUGUCAACGCCUUCACCAAAGUACACAAGCCUGACCGUCGGUUUAUCGAGGUGAAAGAGAAGGCGGAUAAACUGGACGAGGAUUUAUCGCAUGUCGAGAAGACCGUAGCGCGGGUCGCGCGACGGGAGGCGGAUCUGGAGGCGGAUUAUACAGACUUGGCUACACAGUUCCGCAAGCUUGUUCCCCUGGAGCCGGCGGUCGAGAUGCCAUUGCAGGUGUUCGCAGCCUCCGUGGAGGAAACUGCACGCGGGAUGCAUGAUUUGAAAGACCAUACGGACCAGAACUACCUCGGCUCACUGCGCGACAUGGAGGCAUACAUCCUUUCCGUAAAGGCGCUGUUGAAGACCCGAGAACAGAAACAACUCGACUUUGAGGCUUUGGUCGAUUACCGGAACAAGGCUGUCGCUGAGCGCGACUCGCUCGCUGCCAACCCAGCCGCAUAUUAUGCCUCCAACCCGCUUACCUCCUCUCCAGCCUCCUUCAUCCGCUCCAAGAUGGAGGAUAUGCGCGGCGUUGACCACGAACAGUCCCGUCGUGAGCGCGUCCGCAAGCUUGAGCUACGGAUCGAUGAACUCACCCGCGAGGUCGACUCCGCCAAAACUACCUCGGAGAUGUUCGACGAGGAGGUCGUCCGCGAAGUAGCAGACUUUGAACGCAUCAAGGCGGUCGAGUUCCGUGAUUCUCUUGGCGCCCUUGCCGAGUCCCACAUCGACUUCUACCAGGGCGUCCUGUCGACCUGGGAGCGAUUCAUUGCAGAAAUGGAGGGUGAUGCUGAGGGUGGCCUUGAGGCUGACUCUCACGCUGCUGAGUCGCGGUAGACUAGAGGUACCAUGCACUCUGGGUGGAGGAGAGAUAUGGGAGGAAUUGUCUAUGGGUCUGGUAUAGCUGUUCAUGAGCCGAUUUUUCUUGCCUAGCUUGUUUCUACCUUUUCAUACCCGUAAUACCAUC